AUGCGUCCCUUUUCCCUUCUUGCGUUAGCAUCACUAGCCUCAGCAGCCGCUGUUGUGGAUGUCACAAACGGUGCGAAAGUCGAAGCUGAGACUGGUAUCCUCAAUGGAGUUACGGUUGGGAAUAAUCCAGGAGGCUUCUCCGGUUCUGGAUUUGUCCAGGGUUUCGAUGCUGCAUCAGAUAGCGUGACGAUUACCUUUCAGAGUGCCAAGCAGGCUUUGUACGAUGUGAUCAUUCAGUAUGCUUCUACCUCUGGCGAAAAGCAGACUACGAUGUCACUCAAUGAUUCGGGAGGGUCUGGGAUCGUACUUGGAGCAACAUCUGAAGAAAGUCCAUGGGCCAAUGCAACGGCUGGCCAAGUACUUUUGAAGGCUGGCACCAACACGAUCACAUUCACCAGCAACUGGGGGUGGUACUUUAUCGACGCCGUGUACGUUUCUCCUUCGGCUCCACCUGCGAAGCACCAAGUCACAAGCAAGUUGGCCACAUCAAACCCUCUCCCUAUCACCCAAACUUUAUUCAACAAACUUCUUUCCAAUUAUGGGAACGGUUCGAUCUUUUCUGGCCAAUCAGAGGCAGCCGGAAUCGCAUGGUUAGAAGAGAAUGUUGGAAAGACACCGGCGAUUAUUGGUCUGGAUUUCAUGGAUUAUAGUCCAAGUCGUGUGGAGCAUGGCACUACCAGCAACGAGGUUGAAGAUGGGAUUGCAUUCUCCGACAGAAAUGGAAUUGUCGCAUUUCAAUGGCAUUGGAAUGCCCCCUCACAUCUCAUAGACAGCCCGGCCGAGCCAUGGUAUUCAGGCUUCUACACCGCUGCCACAACGUUCAAUCUGACAACCGUUCUUGCGAAUCCCUCGAGUGCAGAUUACGCACUCCUGAUCAGGGACUUGGACACUAUCGCUGCCUUACUCCUCCGCCUCCAAGCAGCUAACGUUCCCGUUCUCUGGCGGCCUCUUCACGAAGCCGAGGGUGGCUGGUUCUGGUGGGGCGCCCAGGGGCCCGAAGCCUGUGUGGCUCUCUACCGGCUCAUGUUUGACCGGUUCACCAACCACCACCAGCUGCGCAACCUGAUCUGGGUCUGGAAUUCUGUAGCUACAGCUUGGUACCCCGGCGAUGACAUGGUUGAUAUUCUCGGCUACGACUCGUAUCCACCUGCUGGCGACCACGGCGCCGUAAGCGCUCCAUACCAGUCAUUGAUCACUUUGGGCAAGGAUAGAAAGAUGGUUUCGCUUCCUGAAGUCGGCAAUAUCCCCGAUCCUGAUCAACUCAAGCUAUAUCAAGCUGACUGGAGCUAUUUCGUGACAUGGAAUGGGGCGUACAUUGAUACGGACGAAUUUAACAGUCUCGACUUUAAGAAGAAAGUCUUUAACAACCCUUCAGUUAUCAACCUUUCAGAUCUAGGUAACUGGAAGUCAAAUUAG